AUGAAAUCCACUUUUCUUGUUUCUCUUAUACCUUUCAUACAGGGUGUUCUGGGCUCUGUAGAAGUCCUAGGUGGCUCACCUGUUACGAUUGAUGACCUUCCCUACCUGGCCAGCAUUUCGAAAUCAGGCGUCUAUACCUGUGCUAGUGUUAUUAUCAGCAACGACCGUGUCGUUACUUCCGUGCAGCUCAAGCAAAACGUCUUCUGGGGGAUCUGCAUGGACAGUAUCAAAGAUGAUCGGAAUGCUCGGUUUAACACUGACACCAAUGAUUUUGACUUUGCCGUGCUCGAACUAUUUUCUCCUCUCGUACCCGGCCCGACUGUCAAGCCGAUUGAAUUUAUUCAGUCUGGUCAGGAGCCAGAGGAUGGGACUGAAUGCGUAGCUUCCGGCUGGGGUGACUCGGGAGAACAAUUACAAUCGGUUACACUCCCUAUCGUGAACCGAGAAGAAUGUAAUCAGACUUAUGCCGGCCAAAUCACCGACCUUAUGAUCUGUGCUGGCUCAGAAGCUGGGAAAGGUACCUGUCCAGGGGACCGUGGUGGCCCGGUUACUUAG